AUCCGGUAGUAGAUGCUGGUGGAAUGUAAACCAAAAUAUACAUUGUGUGUUGUGCUUGUUCUGGCAUUAAACAGGUUGUAAUCGUGUCUAUUGAAUCAUAAAACCAUGCGAACCGAUGUUGCGAAAGAUGCAGGGCACCAUGGGUCGGAGGAGUAACAUUUCAAUCUCCCAUGGUGUUCCAGUGGUUGCGGUGUGCCUUGCUGCUUUGCUCCUCAGCAAUGCCUUGAUCUACCUGUAUCUGGACUCUUUGUAUCAGACUGAUGAGCAGCUGGUGUCCUCUCAUGUAGGCUGUGUGCCUCAACACUUUAAAAUGGCAACCAUGAAAAACUGCAACCCCUGGCUCCAGUGUUCACAGAUAAAUGCUGAAGUACACAAGCUGAAGCUGAUUGGCCAGGGAGCUGUUAAGAAGGUCUAUCUGGCAGAGUGGAGGGGUCAGAAGGUGGCUCUGUCCAAACUAUCCUCUCUGGAUUACCUGGAGGAUUUUCGCCAUGGAUUGUCCAUGUUACAGGCCCUGCAGGGCCCACAGGUGGUGCAGUUAGUGGGGUUUUGCCUUGAAGACCACACCCUGGUCACGGAGCACCACCCACUUGGACCACUGCUUAACUUGGAUGGUGUUCUUGCACAAGAGCAGUACCAGCAACACAACAAGUGGCAGACCCGGCUGAGGCUUGCUACAGAUUAUGUCUUCAUCCUCCAUUAUCUCCAUAACAGCCCAGCUGGACGGCGGGUUAUGUGUGAUUCCAACAGCCUGGAGAAAACUCUCUCCCAGUUUCUGCUGACAAGUGACUUUCAUCUGGUAGUGAACGAUCUUGAUGCGCUACCUGAGGCAGACCCAUCCAGAGGCUUGUUGGUUAAAUGUGGUCACCGGGAGCUCACUGGGGACUUUGUUGCCCCAGAGCAGCUUUGGCCAUUCAGAAACGAAGGGAAGCGAUUUUCAGACGAUCUCAUGCCUGAGUAUGAUGAAAAGACAGACAUCUGGAAGAUCCCAGACGUGGCAUGGUUCCUGAUGGGAAAGGUACCUGGAGGGGAUGUAGUCCACUUUCAUCUUUUUCAGAUCCACAAGGAGUGUAAGAAAGAAGACCCCAAGCUCCGCCCUUCAGCAUUGGAUGUUUUGAAGGUGUACAAAUCAGUCUAUAGCAGUAUGGUGCAAGACCAUGCUGGCUUUAGAGAUAUGCUGUAGAAUAUGUGUCCACAUGUCUGACUCACAAAAGACCAUGAACGUACAAUAAAAAUUCAAGCUACAGUUUUACAAUGUUGUGCAAUAUAAUAAAUGCUACUGGGUAUGGAACCAACUGAA